AUGCCCAGCGCAGUCUCUGGCAACCCCUACGAGAACGACCCCGUUAUUGAGCAGGACCUGAUAGAUCCCGAUGGCAAGUCAUACAAUGACGCAGAUGAUCCUGUUCAGAUCAUAUCGGAUCGUGCUCCACUGACAGGCAACAUCCACUCGUCCUCCUCUCGCACGCCCGUCUCUCAAAGCUACCUAACCUCCUCCAUACCUGGUGAAGAUCGAAGAGCGCCGCAAAAUACGAUCGACGAGAGCGUUUGGCAAACCGUGUCGAGAGACUUGCUGGCAGUAUGGGAGAAGAUGAAGCAGGUGCUGUGGCCUAAAUAUCUGCUUGGAGGAAUGCUGCAGAGGGGUGGUGGAAUAGCUGCUGCAGAACGUGGAGAAAUGGACGGAUUUGGGAGAGGCCUCCGUGGGAUGGUAGGAAGGUGGCCAGACGCGGAUGGUAUCUUACAAGGGGGAAUGAGUGAAGGCCUCCGAGAUUGGGAUUUAUGGGGCCCUCUGGUGUUUUGCCUUUUACUCAGCAUGUUCCUCUCGAUAGCAGCAUCAAGUGCUCAGGGAGAUCUCAUCUUCUCGGGCGUUUUCUCAAUCGUAUGGAUCGGAGAAGCAGUUGUAACCGCACAGAUCAAGCUUCUGGGUGGCAAUAUCUCGUUCAUGCAGUCCGUUUGCAUUAUCGGAUAUACCCUCUUUCCUCUCGUCAUCGCCGCUCUCCUCAGCGCCCUGGGCCUUCCCUCCAUUGCUCGCAUCCCCGUUUACAUUGUCCUUGUUGGUUGGUCAUUAGCAGCUGGAGUCAGCAUACUGGGCGGUUCUGGUGUGAUCAAGAAUCGGGUUGGUCUCGCGGUAUACCCAUUACUGGUUUUCUAUGUUGGCCUUGGAUGCCUCUGUUUCAUUAGCUAG